CUGCGUGUGACUGUUAUUGAAAGUGUGCACCCAUAACGACCAACCAACUCAGCAGCAAUGUAGCUAGCUCUAGCAAGCUAACUUGCUUAAUUUAUUCAUGGUUAAAGAAGAAAUAAUGAAAGUACGAACAUUAUAUUAGCGACACUGGUUUGUCUUUAGAGGUUCGUUAACUACGAUAGUUGUCUGUAGCGGACAGCUCAUGCUACUUCAAGCGGGCAGCCAAAGUGCCCCGUAUUUAUGAUCACUUCAGUGCUAGCUAAGCUACCUACGAAGAGCUAGGCUAGGGGUUAGCUGUAGUCGAAAUGGCUGCAGGAUCUGGCGGUUCAAGUGGCCACCGUCGCGGCACGCCUGCUGCGUUUGAAUCAUCUUUAGACCGGCGGUUUCAAGGGGUGUCGAACACAAUGGAAUCUAUACAAGGUCUUUCAAACUGGUGCAUCGACAACAAGAAAUACCACAGCCUAGUCGUACGGUACUGGAUGAAAUGGCUAAGGAAAUCUGAUGCUUCUCAUAGGCUAAACCUGUUGUACCUUGCCAACGAUGUCAUUCAGAACUGUAAGAGGAAGAACGCCAUUGUGUACCGUACUGCCUUUGCUGAGGUGCUCCCCAAUGCCUUCCUGAUGGUCAAUAGUGUUGGGGACCCCAAGGUUGUGAAGGCAGUGGGCAGGAUUCUAACCAUCUGGGAGGAGAGGACUGUCUAUACGGAUGAACUCAUCUCGGAGCUCAGGGGCUACCUGGUGAAGGAGGAAUCCCCUCCUGUUGCUGUGGUUACACCUGUACAGGUCAAAGCUGCAGUUGACAAUAGAGCUGCUCUCCAAUCCAAAAUCGUGGCUGAAUUUGUUCCUCAGGCUAUGAUGGAGCUCCUCUCCAAGUACGUGGGCUCGGUAGAGGAGGUGGAAAUCAGGGAGAAGCAGUUGGCUGCCAUGAGAGUGGACGUCUGCAGCACAGAGGCCCUCAAGAAGCUCAAAGACAAGGCCGGAGGGAAGAAAUUCUCCAAGGACUUUGAGGAGGGCAGCGCCAAGCUCCAGGAUUUCGUCAGCUUCCUGGACAAACAGGUCAAGACAGGCCCCCCUCUGCUGGAGGCCCUGGGCAACGCAGACAUUUUCUAUGAGAUGCAGUACAAGGAGGUCAAGAUUGUUGCCAACGCCUACCAGACAUUUGCCAACCGUGUUUCCCAUCUGAAGCGUAAGCUGGACUCUCUGAAGGCCACUCUCCCCGACCUGGACGAGUCCCCCGUCCCCUCGCCCUCCGCAGACGCUCCCUCCCCCACCGGCUCCGAAUCGCCCUUCCACGGCAUGGCCGACCUGGACCCCGACCUGGACGGCUCGGCCAUGGACGAGGAGGCGGACAUAACCCUGGGGGAGGCCCCCAGCCCCCUGUCGUCCCCUGGAGGGUCCCCCAGGCACGGCUUCGCCGUGGGGGAGAAAGACAACCGCGACGUGGAGGAUAUGGAUCUAUCAGAGGGGGAGGAGACAGACAUUGCUGGCAUUCAAGUCGCAGUUGACGAGCAAGCGUUGGGCCCCGCCCCAUUGACCGCUGUGUCCAAUCCGGUGGCUGUUGUUGCUGUCACUCAACCGUCACUGGCCAAUGAGGUGCUGCCCAGCAGUCAGGCCACACCUUCUACAGCCAUGAUCACAGCCAGCCUGACCAAUGUGGACCUAGGGAAAAUCAACUCCAUCCUCAGCAACAUCACCUCAGCCAUGAAGAAUACAGGCGGGGCUCCAGGGUCCUGUGUGUACCCAGGGUCUACCUCCUCCCCGGCCCCCUCCACAGUGAAGCCCCCCCCUGUGGCCCCGGCCGCCCCCCAGGCCCCCGGCCCCCAGGCCCCCGGCCCCCAGUCCCCCGCCCCCCAGGUCGGCCUGCUAUCCAAGGUGGAGAUGAACCCGGGUGAACUCCUGGGAGCUCUCUCCAAAACACACGCGCAGGGUGGGGUGAUGCAAGGUCUUACCUCCUUGUUGAACAGCCCAGCUGGAAGCACAUCAUCCAACUCCUCCAGUAUCGGCAAAAUCCCAACCUCUGCCCCUAUUCCUGCCCCCAUAGCCUCCUCUGCAGGCCUCUCCCAGCCCUCUCCCAUCCUCCUGCCCUCCCCUCAAAUCUCCACCCCAGCUAGGAGCUCCAGCACACCCCAGGCAGCCCCCCUGUCCAUCCCAGCCAUGCCUCCCCAGAGACCGGGCAGCACGAGUCUGAUCAAGGACCAACCGGCACCCAUCUCUACCUCCACCUUGGAGUCCAAGAUCCACAGCUUCCUCCAAGGGAACCCCGGCUUCAGUGCCUUUGACCUGGGCCUCGCCUGUGACCCCAGCCUCGUCCGAGAACCCGGCCCCGGGACGACCAGCGACCUCAGCCCCGUGCCGGGGGCGGAGAACCAGGAGGGGACCCCCGUGAGGGAUGAGGGCGGGGGCACCCCCACCCAAGAUGAGAUCAUGGACAAGACCGAGGCGGAGCCUCAAUCUUUAAGCCAGACUUGCGUGUCCUCUGGAGGGGUCAGCAGGGCUGUGGACCCCCUGUCCACCACAGGCUACUGCAGUGACAUCUGGCAGGACCCCAGCCGCCCUCAGGGCCACAAUGGCCAGGCGUACCAGCCAUACCCCUACGCAGGGCAGGCGGCGGGGCAGGGAGUCCCUCACGGUGGCGUGCCAGGGAACAGCAGCAGUGUGACUACGGCGCAGGGUUUCCACGGUGCAGGGCCGACCUCUGGUGUCAGUGGGGGAGGAGGGUGGUACGGUAACAUGUACUCCAACAGCCUCAACAUGCCCGUGCCGGGAGGCAACGGCCAACCUGGACAGUACUGCUACCAGGGCGAGAGCCAGGGUUCCUACCCUGCCCAGCAGUCUCAGGGCCUGCCCCCCCAACAUGAGAGCACCCCCUCUGGGUUCUUCAGUGGCUCUCUGCCUCCUAUUCCUCACUUACCCCCCAUCCCCCACCUCCCUCCUCCCCCCAAGGGCUUCGAGGGCCCUCCCGGCUCCGUCAUGCCAGGAGGGAGAGAUGGGAUGGUACCCGUGGAGAAUCCAUCUAACCCAGAGCUGGAGGGGGAGAGUGGCGUCUGCAGUGUCCUUCCUGUUGUCAUCCACGACCACCAGCACAAGUCUCCUUAUCGCCCGGACGAACCCCGCCGUCACCCCGACGACUACCGCUACCGCGAAGACCCCCACCGUCACCCCGACGACGUCCGUGGUUACUACGACGACCCUCACCAUCACCCCGACGAUAUCCGCCAUUACCCUCACAAUCUCCCCCGUCACCCAGAAGACCAUUACUACCCCCCAGACGGCUACGAGCCUUUCCCCCGCCCAGGCAGCCCUCACAUGUACCCCCGGGAGCGCCUAACCCCCCCCAUCUCUCCCGACGAUGACCCCUUCUAUUACAGCUACCCCCCUCGCAGCCCUUCCUCCCCUCCGCACUAUGGCCACAUGCACCCCCUCCCCCCUCGUCACCCCCGGCCACCCCACCCUCCUCACCACCCUCUCCACCCUGCUCGCCACCCCCAUCUGAGAGGUCAUCCACGGGGGCCCCCGCGCGGGCCCCCCCGCCCCCCUCUCCGCGGCCCCGACCCGAGGGCCAUGCUCCGGGGGAAACGGCCGGGGCCCUUUGGUGGACACCCGUUAGGAGGGGGGCCAGGGGGCCCCUUCUUCCCCCCGAAGAGACCACACUUACCCCCGCACUUCUGACUGGUGGGCUGAGGGUCGAGCUCGUUGUUCCACAGCACGUCGAGGUCUCUGUGUCGAGGGGGAGGAAGUGAGGGGGGCGGGGAUUCACUUCUGCGAUGGCCACACCACUGAAAUGCCUUCCUGCCGGUGUCGGGACUAGGGGGAGAGAGGAGGGAUUCAGAAAUGACGGAAAAGGUUUUGCCCUUAAAAGCAAGAUGUGAGGGUGACAACAGACACAAAAGCAGGAAGCCCUGUAGGUUGAGAGGAGAGGCUGGAGGAGAAGAGAGGAGAAGAGGAGAGGCUGGAGGAGAAGAGAGGAGAAGAGGAGAGAUGGGAGGGAAAGUCGACGUUCGCUGAAGAUGUUUGUGGAGAUGAAGUAUGAAGACCGUGGCUAAAAGGAAAAAUGAGGUGGAUAUAUAGCUAUUACAUUUCGUUCGUUAUAUUUGUUCAAAUUUAAUCAAUAAUUCACCUUCCCCUUCAGACAGCAUUGAGUGUGUUCUGCUUGGAUGGGCUGACCUAUACAUUGUUAAUUAGUCUGCGUUUGAAAUUACUCGUUAUUGCAACUACAACAAAAAAGUCAGAAUUGUAGUUUCUGUUUCUGCUCUUGUUAGGUUUAUAUUUUAUUUUAUAGAAUUAAACGUUUAGUCUCCCGUUUCAAAGGCCCAGCUAAGCAUCAAGAUGCCAGGGUUUAACACGAUCACACUUUUUUCCGUUCUCAUCGCAUUUUGUUGAAACAAUAUUUGUUUCUUUACCGGGAGAGGGUCAGUGAUUGUUUAUGCUAAGACCUCGAAUGUUAUAUUUCUAAACCGAUGCCAUCAAGUGUACAUCGUGACAUGGAGCCUCUCGUAAGCGGUUUAUGUCUCUCCUGGUCAUCAAUGAGGAGAGGCUAAAGUCUAGUUGUGGGAAGGGGGUGUGUGAGAAAGGUAUUUAGGGGAAAGACUAUUUUGUAGCCUUCGUUCCGGCAGAAAGAAGACGUUCAUUUUGGAGGUGGAAGAAACGAGUCCCCGGUUUCAACGGACGUUUUUACCUGUACUGUUUAUAAUAAAAAUCUGAGUGUCAAAACCACCGUGUCAUUGUUGUUUGAGGCCAAUUAUGUUUUUAUUAACCGAAGACCGAGUCAUAUCUGCUCAUCACUUAAUUAGGAUUCCUUUUCCAAUUCAAAUA